ACUAGGUUGGAUUCCCACGAUUUAUCAUUCUGUAAAUAAUUUAUUAAUUAUAAACAAUGAGUUUACCUCAUCAUUUAAAAAUGUAUAAUGUUUUUUUAAAACGUCAUAAUCUGUAAUCUUUUUAGGUAACAUUACAUUAUAUAAAGUAAUUGAUAUGGAAUUAUUUUUCUUCGUUCAUAUGUGCGGUUUUUUCUCCUCUUCCAGAUAAUACAAAUGCACGAAUUUAUUAAAUAAUUUUUAUUUUAAGAUUGUCCUAAUUAUGGUUAACUCUGUGGAUAGGACAAAAUUUUUUAUGACCCAGGUUAACCAGAAUUCUAACCUUAACAAUACUCAAGCCCCAAAAACAUUUGAAAAUUUAGAAUUCAACACUGAUGCAGAUUCCAUUUAUAAGGAAAUUGAGAAGGCCCGAGCUAAGCUCAAUGAACUAUCGCAAUUAGCAAAGAAACGUAGUCUUUAUCUUGAUAACACUUCCUCCAUUGAGAGGCUAACUUCUGAAAUUAAGUCAAUUUUAACAUAUACCACAAGCUCUAUAGAUUUGUUUGAAAACAGGAUCAACUCCUUCAAGUUUCGGAAUGAAGCUUCCAAAAAACACUACACCAGUAUUAUUUUCCAGCUUCGAAAUGACAUCUUUAACGUCACCAAUACUUUCAAGGAGACUCUGCAUCAGAGAGCGCAAAUUAUGCAAGAGCAGGAAAAUAGGCGUAAACUAUACGCCAUUAAUGACAUGGAUGCUCAAACUUCAGGAAUUGGUAGAAAACGAUUCAUGCUUCAACAAGAUUUAGAAGCUGAACAACAACUCGAUCUCGAAAGUGGGAUAACGGCGGCACCUUCAACGUCGGUGAUAUCUAAUGCUAGAGAGGAGGCGAUAGCAAAUGUACAGAGAGCGAUUGGAGACCUGUCUCAGAUAUUUCAAAAGGUUACAGCAUAUGUAACUCAACAGGAUGAAAUGAUUAAUCGGAUAGAUUUUGACACUGAAGUGUCACUAAGUAAUGUAAGAUCAGCUAAAAAUGAACUUUUAAAGUAUUAUCGGAGGAUUUCAUCUAACCGCGGACUCAUUAUAAAGAUUUUAAUUCUCGUUACGGUUUUAACUUGCCUCUACAUCAUGUUUGUCAUGUAAUUUUUAAUCUGUACCAUAAAC